AUGAAGACAAAAGGGGAGAGGGAUUUCAAAGAUGAGGAUUAUAAUUACACUCAACAACAGCCUAAACUCAAUUUCUACACUCAACAACAGCCUAAACUCAACGUCUACACUCAACAACAGCCUAAAUUCAAUUUCUACACUCAACAACAGUCUAAACUGAAUGUCUACACUCAACAACAGUCUAAACUUAAUCCUAAUCUUAAUGUCUACACUCAACAACAGCCUAAACUCAAUUUCUACACUCAACAACUGUCAAAACUUAAUGUCUACACUCAACAACAGUCUAAACUUAAUGUCUACACUCAACAACAGCCUAAACUCAAUUUCUACACUCAACAACUGUCAAAACUUAAUGUCUACACUCAACAACAGCCUAAACUUAAUGUCUACACUCAACAACAGCCUAAACUCAAUUUCUACACUCAACAACAGUCAAAACUCAAUUUCUACACUCAACAACAGCCUAAACUCAAUUUCUACACUCAACAACAGUCUAAACUCAAUGUCUACACUCAACAACAAUCUAAACUUAUUGUUUACACUCAACAACAGCCUAAACUCAAUUUCUACACUCAACAACAGUUUAAACUCAAUUUCUACACUCAACAACAGCCUAAACUCAAUUUCUACACUCAACAACAGUCUAAACUCAAUUUCUACACUCAACAACAGUCUAAACUCAAUUUCUACACUCAACAACAGCCUAAACUCAAUUUCUACACUCAACAACAGUCUAAACUCAAUGUCUACACUCAACAACAGUCUAAACUUAUUGUCUACAUUCAACAACAGCCUAAACUCAAUUUCUACACUCAACAACAGCCUAAACUCAAUUUCUACACUCAACAACAGUCUAAACUCAAUUUCUACACUCAACAACAGUCUAAACUCAAUUUCUACACUCAACAACAGUCUAAACUAAAUUUCUACACUCAACAACAGUCUAAACUCAAUGUCUACACUCAACAACAGCCUAAACUCAAUUUCUACACUCAACAACAGUCAAAACUCAAUUUCUACACUCAACAACAGCCUAAACUCAAUUUCUACACUCAACAACAGUCUAAACUCAAUUUCUACACUUAA